AAAUCUUUCAUCUUUAAAUAUUUAUUAUUUCCUUUUCUCUUUAUACCAAGAAAGCAAACUUCUUCUUCUUCUUCUCUUAUACUUCUUCUACUUUCUAUAUAUAAAAAAACCUUAUCAACAACGAUAAUCUCAAGUUCACUAACAAGAAGCAAUGCAAGCAAUUCUUAACGAAGAACACAAUCAUGCUUUGUCCACUCCCACUCGCUUCUUACUCGAAUGUGGCGAAUGGAACUUUACUCCAGGAAUUUCAGGAAUGACAACCGAAUUGAAUCCUUUUGAUUAUCAUUUCCAAGGCCAGGCCAUCCAAAAGCCCCCGCCUCACUCUCAGGCUCACUCUCAGGCUCAGGCUCAGUCCCAGUCCCAGGCUCAGUCUCAGUCUCGCCGCUCUCAAAAAUCAGAUGAAAUCUCUCCCUCUUCAGCUUCAGUAUCAUCCUGGCCCACAAGCCCAAUAUUGGACAACUCUUCUCAGGCCAGCAGCCCCACUCCUUCGUUUUCGAGAUCGCACAGACUUUCAUCUCCACGUAUCUUGUCUCUCAGCCCACCACAGACCAAUCACCAAUUGCCUAAUCAGUCUGAAGAACAGCAACAGUCGUCUUCAUUCAAUCAGGAAUCGUCCUCAGACACCACCCAAUUGGUAUUCAAGCAAGAAAACGGUCUCCCAAAGAAGAGCACCCGUUCUCGUACCUCCAAGCGUGCCACAAAGAUUAGCUAUAAACAGGAAGAUUCGGAUGAUGACAGCAACAGCAGUGACACAAGCUCGACCAGAUACAUGCAGACCAUUGUCUCGAGUGGCCGCAAGAGACGGAUCGUAUUCGAAGGCGACGAUGCCGAAGAACAGCGCAAGAAGUUCUUGGAACGCAACCGGGUAGCUGCCUUCAAGUGCCGUCAGAAGAAGAAGAAGUGGAUGCAAAACCUCGAGACACACGCCGAACAGGUGUCCAAUCAGAACAAAGAUUUGCACACAAUGGUCGCCCAAUUGAGAGAAGAAAGCAUAUUCCUUCGAAACCAGCUCCUUGCACACGGAAACUGCGACUGUCCUGCUGUCCAGUCAUAUCUUCGCCAGUCCUCAGCCCAGCUGGAAUCGAACAACCGUCUUCACUAUGGCCCAAUCCCAUCCCUUACCGCAUCCAACACCAACACCAACAUUAACAACAUCAACAUUGGACUCACAAUCACACCUAGCUCUUCGACUUCUACUCCAACAAACCAAAACACAACUCCCAUGGCAUCCUCAGCAUCUUCAUCAGUAUCAGCAUCAGCAUCAGCAUCAGCAUCUUCUCCGGCUACAAUAAGCAUGGGUGCUUCCCACUCUCCGAUCAAAGGAACCGAAUCCCACAACGUGUACUCUGGAUCGCCAGUCUCUCUGACCCAGCAAAAUGUUUCGGUUUCUUCUGGUUUUGACGGCCGCUAUUAUGCACCCCACAUGUCUGUGCUUCCUCCAAUGACUGCUUCUAUUGGGGACUGUCACCCGCACCAAUCCCAUCAUGCACAUGCACAUGCACAUGGACACCCUCAUGCACGGACUGGCUUGACACCUUAUCUGAACACUGUAAAUAACAGACCUCAGAUAACCGAUUACUUUUCACAGAAGCACACUGUGGAGUAAAAGAAAGCCUCCCAAAAGUCCAAUUCGUUUCUUUCUUUCUUUCCUUCUUUCCUUCCUUUUUUCUUUUUUGUAUUUUUUUGAUUUAUUUUGAUUUUAAUUUUCUUUUUUUUUUAAAGAAGAAAUGCUAACUUUGCUUCAAUUAUAUAAAUAUAAAUAUGUAUAUUCUUCCUCUUCUAUACUUCUUUACUUUACUUCUUUACUUUUAUUCAUAAAAUCUCUUUUCCCCCAUUAACAAUUCCUUUACUUCUUUACUUCUAUAUAUUAUAUGCUUUAUCCCUAAAAAAAAAUCCCCCCGAAAUCAUCGAGUCCCUCAUUUCUUUCAUUCUCUUAUCAUUAUUAUUGUUAUUAUACAAUCGUUUAUCUUGCUUUCCUCUUCUUCUUCUUUCAUUCUUUCAUUCUUUCAUUCUUUCAUUCUUUCAUUCUUUAACGUUUAUUAUAUUUUGCUGUGAAUAUUUUAUUUUUCUCAUAAAAAACUUGUUGAUAAUGACAAUAAUAAUAAUAAUAAUAAUAAUAAUU